ACAUAAUAUGUUUUUCAAAAUUUUAUGUUAAAAUGUCGUUUUUUUUUUGUUCUAUAUUGUACACGGAAAUUGUAAUAAAAAACUAACAUAUCAUAUAAUUAAACUGUAAUGUUAAUAAUGUAUAUAAUAGGGGAUUUGACUUAGUAAGCCGUUCAAUAAUAACCAACAUUACCGGCUAUUGUAAGUUUUGGGUGAUGUGGCUUGUACGCUACAAUACUCAUCACCUAUGUGGCAUUGAGAAGUGCUUACAUUAUAAGAGGGUGAGAUACGACAGCUUAUUAAUUAAAACCCUAGAUCGAUCGACGGCAUCUUCUUCCUCAUCCUUUUCUUCCAAACGACAAGACGAAUUACAACCGGAUCAUCCAUGUGAUUGCGAUUUGCCAUCUCGUGUGAAGAUAUCAAGAACCCCAGACAAUCCUGGAAGGAAAUUCAGAGUUUGUCAAAACUCACUGAAUGGAAAAAGUCCAAGCUGUAAAUUUUGGCAAUGGUUGGCUGAGGAUGAAGGGAGGAAAGAUGGAAGAGGGCAUUACAGGAUGAAAGCAGAAGAAAGCUGCAAUCUUACCUUGAAAAUUUGUACCUUGGAGAAUGAAAUCAACAUAUGUAGGAUGAAGAUUGAAGAAGAGAAGAACAGGAAUAAACAAGAACUUGACAAAGUCAACUGGAAAUUGUUUACCCAUAGACUUGCAUUAAUUUUCUUAUUUCUCUUGUUAUAUUCUAUCAUUGGAAUGGAAUAG